GUUUUACCUUCCUAAUGUGCCAUUAGAUUAUAAACUACGUCUUAUACAACCAAAAAUAAUAUUGGGCUCCAAUACAUCAGUAUAGAAAGGGAUGAUCUACAAGGACGUCUUGCUGGAGGUGCCAAAACGAAAAUACGCCUCUUUGAAGCGUCUGCUUAUGCAAUGUCUGAUGCUUACAGAUUUCUGGAGGAAAGUAUUGGGAUAUAUAAAUGCUAAUUUGUAGAGAGGCUGCCCUGCCCUGAGGCAGGAAGCAAUGUCGUUGCCAAGAAAGGUUUGCAUAAUUUCGACCUCUGCCCCCCCCUCCCGGCUCAGGUCAGCUUGGACCUCACUGCCCUGCCUGGCAGGAGACGGAGGAGGAGGAGGAGGAGGAGGAGGGGGCAACCUUUUAACUGCACCCAACACCCCCACCCACAGGGUGCUUCAGAAAUCCCGGUGAUUUCUCACCCUGUCUUUCCUCCAGGGGCACCUAAAGGCCAUCAGGAGGAGCUGCGCUUGAUCCCUUUGAAAGGGAGGCAGCUGCAACUGUGGAUCCUCAGAGCACUCUUCACCUGCUCAGAGGCACUCUUUCUUCCCUAGAGCUAGUGCCACCAAAGCUGCGAUUCCUGCCUUGCAAGGGGUUGGGCUGGAUGACCCCUGGGGGUCCCUUCCAACUAUACCGCUUUAUGGUUCUACCGUAAGUCCCACUGAUUUUGAAAUGCGUCUGUUGUUUUGAAAACGGUUCUUCCCUGCUUUUUAUGGCAUUUUAUGCUGCUCUGAGCCCGGCUUUGGCUGGGGAGGGGGGGGAAUAAGUAAAAUUUCAUGAGGAUGAUGAUGAUGAUGAUCUCCUCUGUGGUUUGGAGAAGGGAGGCAGGCAGAUGGGGCAAUCGAUCCUGGCACCCCAACCUUUGUCUUGUGGGCCAAGAGGGCGGGGCGGCCCUGGGAUGAGGGCCAAGGGGAGGGAGCCGAGGGCCAGCAAGGCAGGUGCCAGGCAGGGCUGGGAGUCAAAAGAAAAGAAUCUAAUGCGCCUUGUCUCCUUUCGGAGGAGGAGAGCUCAGCCAGGUCCCCUUUGCCUCACCUGGGUGACAGCAGCAUCCUUAUCGCAGACUCACCUGGCUACCAAAGUGCAGGUGGCAGAGAGAGACUUGUGCAUUGCAGCCGCGGGCAAGACAACCUCUUCUCCUGGACAAGAUCUCUUCCUGAGACCCAGGGUCAGAAGAUGGCUCUGAAGAAACACCUGGAGGCCCUUAGCGUCUUCCAGUGGGUCCUCACCUUCUUCUUCUUUGGUCCCUUCUUCUCCGUUCCCCUGGUCUACCUGCUCUUCACCUCCUACUGGCCUAUCAGCGUCCUGUAUUUUGCCUGGUGGAUCUUCGACUGGGAUACGCCACAGAGAGGUGGGCGCCGCAGCAACUGGGUGAGGCGCUGGAGAGUCUGGGAGCUCCACCGGGAUUAUUUCCCCAUCAAGCUGGUGAAGACGGCCGAGCUGCCCCCGACGCGGAACUACGUCCUGGGCUCCCACCCCCACGGGAUCAUCUGCGCGGGGGCCUUUUCCGCCUUCUGCACUGAGGCCACGGGCUUCUCCUGCACCUUCCCUGGCCUCCGCCCCAGCCUGUCCGCCCUCGCAGGGCUGUUCCGCAUACCCGUCUACCGGGAGUACAUGAUGAGCUCAGGGAUGGUCCCGGUCAACAAAAGGUCCCUGGACUUCCUCCUGAGCGGCCCCCCCGGGCACGCGGUGGUCAUUGUGGUGGGGGGUGCGUCCGAGUCACUGGACAGCGCCCCCAGAGAGCAGCGCGUCCGCCUUCAGGGGAGGAAGGGCUUCGUGCGCUUGGCGCUGCAACACGGGGCUGACCUGGUGCCCGUUUACACCUUCGGGGAGAACGACAUUUACCGACAGAUCCGCUUCCCCGAGGGCAGCUUCGCUCGCCGCCUCCAGCUCGGUUUCAAGCAGCUGAUCGGCUUCGCCCCUUGUCUCUUCAGUGGGAGGGGCCUCUUCUCCAGCACCUCUUGGGGGAUCCAGCCCAUGGCUGCCCCCCUCACGGUGGUGGUGGGGAAGCCUAUCCCAGUCCCACUCUGCCCGCGCCCCACCGAGGACGAGGUGAACAGCUUCCACGCUCUCUACGUCGAGGCCCUGAAGGAGCUCUUUGACGCCCAUAAAGAAGCCUGCGGCCUCCCGGCCUCCCAGCAGCUCCUCGUCACCUAGAGGGACCCAGACUUGACCCGAAGCAGCAUCAGGGGACACAAGGUUGUGAUGGGGGGAGACACGCGGGAGUCUUUGCCCCCCCAUCCCCAUCUGUAUACACUGAUACGGAAGGGGGGGCAUGUCUUCUUCACCCUUCUGCCGGUCACCAGAGGGUCCGACAUGAGGGGCCCCACAUGGACCCCUCAGCCUCCACACCGUUGCACAAGCACCACACUUUACCCCAAGCCCCAUAAAUAAAGUGCCUUUCCCCCCUUUCCUACACUGAUCCGCUAUUACGGGCGAAAUAAGCCCAAACGUCUUAUGCCUCGCCUCCCGCUCUAUUUUUACUAUGGGUAGACCGUAUAAAGUUGUAUUUCCUAUUUUUUGAAUGGGUGCGUUCUACCCAAUCAGAACCAUGCAUUCGUCUUGCAGAGCUAGCUCAGCGAGCUCCUGCAUGCCUCAUUUAACCUCUUGACAAGCUGCUGACGGCUCCCCGCUGGGAGAACAAUGGAACCGAAACUUGUGAACUCAUAGAAUGGCAGAUGAAGUUGAUGGACUACAUGGAAUUGGAAGAAAUGACUGGCAGAAUCCGAGACCAGGGAGAAGAG